AUGAGACUAUCGUCAUUACUUACAAUUACUGGUACUCUACUCACCACGGUGAGAGCAGAAAUACACUUGUGUAACGCUACAAUUGCUUGUCCUGAACAAUUCCCAUGUUGUUCCCAGGGAGGUCAGUGUGGUACGGGCCAGUACUGUAUUGGUAACUGUGACCCACGUUACUCUUUCACUCCUGAGGCGUGUAUGCCGGACCCAGUUUGCAAGAACACGUACACGAAGUUCAGCAACUACAGUUCCAAAAUCCUAAACUCGUACACGUUUUUGGGUAACGCCAGUGCUGCUGACUGGACUUACGGUGGUUAUAUCAUGGACUAUCCUGAAGAGGACAGUCUCGUGUUGGCCAUGCCCAAAAACUCUGCAGGUACUGUUUUAUCGUCUACUAAUGCUGUGUGGUAUGGGAAAGUCAGUGCGAGGUUAAAGACUUCUCAUCUUCCUGGUGUCAUUACUGCGUUUAUUCUGUACUCUGGUGUGCAAGAUGAAAUCGAUUUUGAGUGGGUUGGUUCGAAUUUGACAACGACACAGACGAAUUACUACUGGCAGGGUGUUCUGAACUACAACAACAGUGGGAACAUCACGACGACCGAUACAUUUGAGAAUUUCCACGACUACGAGAUCGACUGGCAAGAAGACCACAUUACAUGGUCCGUUGACGGGGUUGUCGGUAGAACUCUGUACAAGAAUGAAACAUACAACGAGACUACACAGCAGUACAGAUACCCUCAGACGCCAUCGAAAGUGGACAUUUCCAUCUGGCCCGGUGGUAACUCUACCAACGCCCCAGGGACCAUAGCCUGGGCUGGUGGUGAGAUCAAUUGGGAUGCGCCUGACAUCACUGAAAACGGUUACUACUACACUAUUUUGAAGGAGAUCAAUGUGACCUGUUACGGUCCACCAAGCGGCGUCACGAAGAACGGUUCCGAAUCGUACAUCUACAAGAACCCAAAGGGUUUCAUGCAGGACGACGUGGCGAUCACUGACAAGAGGGUGUACCUGGGGUCCGACCGGGGCACUGGUAUGGAUCCAGAUGCUGGCGUGACGAAAAGCAGCAGCAGCAGCAAGAGCAGUUCCCACUCUAAAACGUCUACUACGAGCAGGAACAGCACCACGGCGACAUCUACGAGCAAGAACAGCACCACGGCGACAUCUACGAGCAAGAACAGCACCACGGCGACAUCUACGAGCAGGAAUGCCACUGUAAGUUCCACGAUUUCCCAUUCCUCCAGAAACAACACUGUGACUUUGAGCAAGCACUCUAGUACGAGCACUGUUUCCAGCAGCACUGUUUCCAGCAGCACUGUUUUCAAGAGCACUUCAAAGCAUGUUUCAUCAACAUUGUCUACCCAUGUGGUCUCUAGUUCGAAGUCUUCUAUUGAAAGCACUGAGGGCAGGCAGCAGAUCCAGACAAGCACCAAGAACGCCGGUGAACAGUUAGCGACGUACGGCACGACGCUCCAAAUGCUGCUACUGGUGGCUGCCUACAUUAUAUAA